UUUUGCAACAGUGUCGUAAAUGUUUUUGAUGGAAUUCGGCGUUGUCGUCCUCUGAGCUCGUAGCUAGUCGCCCUUCAGUCCUCCUAGAAAACUCUCUGCUAAAACAAAUAUUACCCUGAAGCUAAACCAUGGCGGGGACAAUUGCUCGUAAAGCUAUUGACCACCUCAGGAGCAAAGAGUUCAGAGACUAUCUGAUGAGGUUUCACUUCUGGGGUCCAGUAGCAAACUGGGGUCUUCCAAUAGCUGCCAUCACAGACAUGAAGAAGAGCCCUGAAAUCAUCAGUGGCAGGAUGACCUUCGCUUUGUGCUGUUACUCGCUGCUUUUCAUGAGGUUUGCUUACAAGGUUCAGCCACGUAACUGGCUUCUCUUUGCCUGCCAUCUAACCAAUGAGUCUGCACAACUAAUCCAGGGAAGUCGUCUCAUCAAAUACAACAUGGAGAAGAGCAAGACGGGAUCUUAGUGGUGGAGUGACGUAGAGGCACUGCUGCAGAAUGCUGCUUUAAAAACCAGCUGGACAUCAGAACUCCUUCAUCUAAACAUCUCAUCCAAUCGUUUGCACUUAUAGCCAUUUCUUCUAUCUUUGUGGUUUGUGACUGAUCACUGCUGAGGAGGUUUAGUCAUUUUAGGACACAGAACAUAGAAAGCUGAAGCUUCUCUCCAUAAUAAAGCUGGAUUGUAACACAUUAGGUUUUUGCUGCAUUGAGUGUGUCACUAUAGUAGACCGUGAACUAAGGUAAUUAAAGUAACCGAUGCCUUGCACACAGACUCGUGGGUGCUGUAGUCUUUAACACCAUGCCCCCAUACUAUAUAGUUUUUUGUCAGUUAAGUCAUUACAGAUCACAAAAACAGAAUUUCUUUAAGCUUUUAACUUGUUUUGAAAUUAGGAUUCACUCUACGCUGAUGCUUGUGCCAUGUUAUAGAAUUACUGUCUACACAUUAUUUUUCAUCCGUACAUCAGUCAUGAUGUCUUCUGCUGUGUCUGAGAAGCAAUACAUAAUAUAAUAAUAGUCCGUCUAUGAUUAAUGUUCCUGUUUGGAGUUUAAUCAACAUAUGGUCAUUGUAUGAUUCCUCUAUAAUAUCCCUUGAUUCAUGUCUGGGUUCUCUGGGUUUGUUUAAAUAAAUUAAACUUAAAAUUU